UAAAACACUUAAAAAGAGGACGAAAAACUAUCAAAAUGUACAAUAAAGACUACAUUUAUAUAUGAAAGUUAUCUUUUAGUUUGAGUUGGGUAUUUAUAGGUGGUUGAACUCAAUAUACCAUUAUUUUAUUUCCCGUUGACUUCUGCAACUCGUUUGGUUACGGAAAUGUCGAAAUGCAGUAUGACGAGGGUAAUGUAUCAUUGAUGGACGUGGCUCGAAGAUUUGAGGGUCGUGAAUCAGCAGGUAACCAGGUCCGCCAAACAGAAGUCAGAUACAGCGUGAAUUCGAAAGCACACAGGAUCUAACUAUGAAUAUUAGCGAAACAUCAACUAAAGAAUCUACGGUCUUCGCAAAGGAUGGUGCUGAUGGAAUUUCUUCGUCUGUCCUAGACUCAAUCAAAGAUGUGCGCACUUUGUUCACGUUGUUAAAGACGAAAACAUAUUUAAACAGGGAAAACAUGGUGUAUUUACAAGUGAUACUAAAAGUCGCUGGACGGGUUGAUCUUGUUGAAAAAGUAAUCGAGUUUUUCAGAGAAAUGGGCAACACUCUCUACUUCUAUCCUGCAACAGCCGAACCAGAAAACGGAUACAAAUACGUAAAAAUGCAUGUCCAUGGAAAAGACUUCAGUAACUGCACAAGUCAGUACAUAGAAGACCUCAGAAAUCGCCUUUCGCGAGUACUAUUUGUGCCUAACCAGUACGUUGUAAUUGUUUGGAUUGAGCCCUCAUCAAGUUUGCUGAUUACAUUCAUGGUUCCUGCAAAGUACGUUGAGCUCAUGGAACGACGGUUAAUCGGCGGUGAUACCUACUCGGAGUUACACGUUCUGGGCAUAGAUAUCAUUCAAAUUGGGGAGAAGGCCUUCAACUGGUAUGUAAUGUUUUCGUUUUGA